AGGUACUAGUAUAUAUUAUACUUAUCGAUACAUGAUCUACAGCAAGUUGCAGCAAGAAGUUGGUCAUACUCGUACCAGUCCAACUCAAACCGACAAGGCACGCAUAUAAAAAUAUGUUUGGCCUGCAGCCUGCUGCUCGGUGUGCAGCUAGCGAUUUGUAAGCUUGCGUUGAUCGUGCGGAGAGGAAACGGGCAAACGGAGAUGGCGGACACGGUUGUGAGCAUGGCGAAGUCCUUGUUGGGCAGCGCCAUCAGCAAGGCGGCGACGGCCGCCGCGGCCGAGAUGAGCUUGCUGAUGGGCGUCAAGAAGGAUAUCUGGUUCAUCAAAGAUGAGCUUAAAACAAUACAAGCAUUCCUUAUGGCUGCUGAAACUGUGGAGAAGAAGAACAAGCUACUGAAGGUGUGGGUUGAGCAAAUAAGGGAUCUGUCAUAUGACAUUGAAGAUUGCCUUGAUGAGUUUAUGGUCCAUGUUGGGAGACAAAACUUGUCACAACAGUUGUUGAAGCUCAAACAUCGCCAUCGGAUUGCUGUCCAGAUCCGCGACCUCAAAUCAAGAGUUGAAGAAGUGAGCAACAGGAAUGUACGAUACAAAUUAAUCGAGCCCAAUUCUGAUAAGCUAGAUUCCUACAUGGAAGAGGAUGUUCGUAAUCUGUCAGCUAAGAACAUUGAUGAGUCUGAACUUGUGGGUUUUGACAACCCAAAAGAAGAUUUGAUUAAGUUGAUCAACAUUCAUGCAAACCAUGGCAUUCACCAAGUGAUUUCUGUGGUUGGCAUGGGUGGUUUAGGGAAGACAACACUUGUUAGGAAGGUUUUCCACAGCAUUGACAUUGUUGAAAAUUUCUCAAGCCGUGCAUGGAUUACUGUUUCACAAUCAUUUGACAAGAAGGAGCUGCUCAAGGAACUGAUCAAGCAACUUUUUGGUGAUGGCUCAUCUAAGGAACAUUCAAGGGAACUUGAGAACAAUAAAGUGAGCGGACUUCAAAGUAAGAAAGUGGAUGGCCUCAUGGAUGUCUUGAUGCAAGGUCUAGAGGACAAAAGGUAUUUUGUUGUUCUUGAUGACUUGUGGAAAAUAGAUGACUGGAAUUGGAUUAAAACUACUGCUUUUCCGAAGUCCAACAAGAAAGGUAGCCGGAUACUAGUAACCACACGGGAUGCUAGCCUAGCUAAAUUAUGUGCUUCUAUUGCUGGUUCUUUUCACUCCCUUGUCUAUUGCCUCGAACCCUUACAAGAUCAUCAUGCUAAGGAGUUGUUGUUAAAGAAAACUAACAGAAGCCAUCAAGCACUAAAGAUAGGAGAGGCUGAGCACAUAUUUGAUAUGAUACUCAAAAAGUGUGCAGGAUUACCGCUAGCUAUUGUCACAAUAGGAGGUGUCCUUGGCACAACACAUCUAGAAGAGUGGGCAAAAUUGUAUCAACAACUGCCAUCAGAGCUUGAGAGUAACCUAAGUUUGGAAGCAAUGAAGAAAGUAGUCACUCUUAGCUACACCCACUUGCCUUCUCAUCUCAAACCCUGUUUCCUGUACCUAAGCAUUUUCCCAGAGGAUUUUAAGAUAAAAAGAAGAUGUCUGGUAAACAGAUGGAUAGCAGAGGGUUUUGUUGUGGCUAAGAUAGGAAUGACUGUGGAGGAUGUUGGGAAUAGCUACUUUGAUGAUCUGAUCAACAGAAGCAUGAUUCAACCAUACAAAUUUUGUAAACGAGGACUGGUGCAGACCUGUCUAGUCCAUGAUAUCAUGCGUGACAUCACAGUUUCUAUCUGUUUAGAGGAGAAUUUCGUAUUCUUUCCUAUGGAAUAUGGCACUGGGAUUGUGCCGGACAGCGUUCGCCACCUUUCUAUCGACGGAAGGCAGGAGUCAGAGCUAAGCUUUGACCUGAGCCGAGUUCGGUCAUUAAGUGUGUUUUACAAGCCUAUUGAACCACUAGCUUCAUUGUGUUCACCACAAUUGAGGAUGCUCAGGGUGUUAGAUCUAGAACAUUGUCACCAUCGCAUAACGCAGCAGGAUAUCAGGAACAUUGGAUUGUUUCACCACUUGAAGUACAUAUCUGUCAGGAAAGGGUCAUACAUAUAUGCUCUUCCAAAGUCUAUUGGGAGACUGCGAGGAUUACAAACUCUGGACAUAAGGGGAUCGCAUAUGACAAAACUUCCUGUAGAAGUCACUAAGCUUCAAAAUCUGCGUAUUCUUCGGUGUAGCAGCAUUUCAGUUUACAAGUACUAUAAACCAAGUAUAUAUUUGCCCAAAGAGAGCUUAGUCAAGUUGCCCUUGUUAUUGAAGAAUUAUGGUAAUCGAGAUAAACGAGCGGAGGUGGUUGCAGACUUGUACAAUGGCUUCUCUAGUUGUUGGUCAAGAUCAUCUGGUAUAAGGGUGCCAAAAGGAAUAGGGGCCCUAAAGCAGUUACGGGUACUUGAGAGUGUUGAUAUUGGGCGAAGUACCAACACAGCAGUUCAAGAUUUGCGGGAGCUUACUCGGCUGAGAAAAUUAGCCGUGGCAGGGGUAUCCAGGAGAAACGUCAAUAAAUUGUCUGAAGCCCUUCAGAACCUCCCCUCCCUCCGUUCUCUUCGUGUGGACUCAAAACUUGACAAACCUCUCCCACUAGACCAGCUCUACCUUGCGUCUUCUCCUCCCCCAUUGCAUUGCCUCAAGUUGACUGGACAACUUGAAGAAAUUCCUAAUUGGAUUGGUAAGCUUGUGAGCCUCGUGAAAGUUCAGUUAAUUCUCACCAAACUGAAAGAUGUUGAAUUAUUAAGAAUGCUCGGGAAGCUGCCCAACCUUGUAUGCCUCCGUCUUAUUUUAGAUGCAUACAUUGUAGAAGAACUAGUCCUUCACACAAGGACAUUUCCAAAGCUUGGGAUUCUUCAGCUUGGCCAUUUGAAUGAACUGAGAAAGGUGACAUUUGAGGAAGGUACAUCACCUAAGCUAGAAAAGAUAAUAAUUGAAGAUUGCCAUUCUGACUUAAAGAUAUGUGGUAUCAGCAGCCUCCAAAGCCUAGAGGAGAUUUUACAUUUCACAAGACGUAAGCUGGUGAAGGUAGACAGACCACAUCAGAAUGUGGAGACACAUGGCAGUCAUCCUUUGUUGCAAGCAGAGCAGAGCCAAAGCAGCCAUGACAUGCGGGAUGCCGAAACGUCUAUGAGAACAAAAGUUGAGACAGGAGAGAGUUCGCAGUCAAUAUCUAAACCUGAUGGGCCUGGUAUUCAUCUAUCCCUUCAGGGACCGAAUUGGAAGAGAAGCCAUUCCUGGCCACCCACAACUUCUGCAGGCUAGCAACAAGCGACCAUGCUUCUGCAAACUAUUUUAAUUUGUAUGCGUCCUCUUUUCGUCUGAAUGGGAAUAUACAUAAAUGAUAACAGAAGGUAUGAUGGUCCCUCAUUUUUCCCCUCAUUGAAGCUUCACCAGGGAAUGAAACAUAUAUGCUGUUGCAACUUUUUCUAGGUUGUCAUAUAUCAGGGAGGACCAUUUUGAACAAUUCACUUUGUUCUCUUAGCACCAUGAUCGAAGUUUGGCUUGAUUUAAUCGAAUGAUUUCAAUGGACCCAAUGCAUAGGUUGAGUUGUCUUUUUUUAUCCUCCAUGUACAGCUUGAGUUUUAAGUUCAGAUUUAAGGUGUGACAUAGGACAUCAUUGUUAAUGUUAGGAAAAAUACAAUAAGAGUUUAUUUUUUUGAACGAUUCUUUUACAAUAAGAGUUUAUUUCAUGGAUUAUGCACUUAUAUGACAUUUUGGCACAAUUUGAACUAGACCUAUGGUGGCCAUGUGUGUUGAUGUGAGAUCAUGAUGGUUUAUCUCACCUUUCUAGUUAAAGAAAAUCUCCAAUGGCUCCUAAUAUUUUUCAACCCCCUCCCUAAUAAAGAGUGAUGCUGGAGAUGCUUAUGUAGUUAUAGGAUUAGGGGGGAUGCAAACUCUAGUAUCUCCUCCGGAAUAUCUAGCCCCAACACAUGAGACCCACUUGUCAUCCUUUACCUUUUUUUUUCCUCCUCUCUUAUAUUUCUUUCUUUCCUCUCGUGUUACAGUUGUACUUGGCACAAAGAUUGUUAGAAUAUGAUACCUCUAGUUAAGCGUAGCAGUCUUUGAGACUUUGAAAGGGUAUUGCGAGUAUGAGACAAGCUUACACCGUAUUAAGAAUGACAUAUAUGAAUUGCAUAGAAAUUUUUAGAUGACGAUGUUGAAGCAACCACAACAAGAUAUUAGGAUUUUGAUGAAGCUGUCCGUAAAUUCUAUAAGUACAACUCAAAAAAGUAAAAGUGAUUGUUGUUCUCUCAUAAACUUACUUGAUCAUCUAGUACAAUAGAGCUGUCUAGCCUAAUCCUCUUGAACACUCUUAAUUGCUUCUUACAUGCCUCGGAGAUCCUGGUGUUGACUUGUUGAUGCAUACAAGUCGUAGUCUUAUUCCUAGUAGGAUUCUACAUUCAAGUCC